UCAUCAACAUCACUUUUCAGUCCCAGAUCUUGCCGGAGCUUUCUCCAUCGGUCAAAGGAACUCAGGAGACAGAACAUGGCGGCGCGCGAAAGUGCAGCAGCUCUUAGCUUUCUCGUAUAUGUAGUUUUGUCCACGUUUUUCUGCUCAUGUCGAGCAGAUUUUGUGUAUUCACAAGUUUCUCCAGAAGCCUAUAGGCGCUGCCAUGACAGACAACUACUUCCGCUAUCCGGCAACCUGUUUCCGGUUCAACGCCACUGCUCACACAGCCUGCCGCGCGAGCACGAAAGCAACGGUUGAGCUAUGGAUAAACAAGCACCAUAAUUCGUAUUUUAUUGGAGACAUGGGUUCAGGUUCAACUUGCGCCGUUGUCGGCUGCCACAACAACUCCAAAAAGCUCAAGAUUUUGUCAGAAACCGUCUGUUUUGAACACCAGAAACUUCGCAAGACAUGUCCGUGUCCUGCGCCCUACGCCUUACACACCAUGCCAAGCAAGGAGGAGCGCCGGCUAGCUUGGCUUGCGGCGUUGAAACGAAAAUAUCCUCCAAAGAAAGUUUAUGUUUGUUCUUUUCAUUUCGUCGAUAAAAAGCCCACGGACCUGCACCCCGAUCCGGAGCUUUAUCUGGGCUACGACCGACCUCCGCCCAAGAAGAGGCGUAAGCUAGUCCGUGGCCGUGCAACUGAAACGGCUCGGCAGCAGCAACAACAACAACAACAAUAUGGACCUGACUGUACACCUGACUUCUCUUCAACUGCCUCAGACCAGACCAGGAGCUCAAGUCCUGCACAUCCCCCUGAACCAAAGAUGCACUCGGUCCAUACACAGUGGGUGGACCCUGCACGACAGGAUCAUGAUUAUUGCCAGACGGCCAGCAGAAAAGACAUGCAGGAUAAGAUGACUCAGUGUGAUGAGAUUGGCUACUUCCUGCUUCAAAAUGAUGCUGAUGCUUUGCUCUACACUGGUAUAUCCCUAGAAACAUUUAACAUUCUUGUGUCAGCUUUGGAAGGGUAUGCCAAUAAUUCAUUUACAAUGUCUGUGCGAGAUCAAGUUCUCAUGACACUUAUGAAAUUAAAGACCAACCGUGUAGUAGGUGAUCUGAGUAGACAGUUUCAUGUAUCACUGAGCAUGGCUAGCAAAAUAAUCUCAUAUUGGAUUGACAAACUAGAGGAAGUUUUGCGACCUCUAAUUCCAUGGCUUCCAAAAGAAACUAUUCGUGCAACCAUGCCUGCAGCUUUUAAGAGUAACUUCCUAAUACAACAUGCAUUGUGGACUGCAGUGAAAGCCUCUUACAGAAACCCAAAAAUCUUGAUUCAAGAGGGGAAUCAUACAGCCAUUAUUAUUCACAUAACACAGUGA